AUGUCCGCACUUGGUACGCGGAACGGGGGUCCGCCGCCUUCUGAGCAAGUCAUCUCACCCACCUUGGUUGAAAGGUACGAUUCUGACGUCGGAUAUCGUCUUUGCAGCGGUGUUGAAGAUCGCUCCUACGUCGACAGCGUAGUCGAGAUGAUCUCGGACGUAGUCCCCGUAGGCGUCAACUCGGGUCCAGCCGGACGCAAAGGCUACCGGACCCAUGAGCAUGUCAACUGGGUCAAAAUGGUGAACACUGACGUGCUGGACGACUUUGAAACCCUCGUGGUCGGCAUGGGUUACGGGGACGGCAUUCAGUUGUUCGCGCUGCCGACGAACGGCGUUGCGAGAGUGAUCCUCUCGAGACGAAACUCGAGUCCAGUCAAAGAUUUUUGUAUGCUUCCGGCACCACCGAAGGAGACCAAAUGAAAAACCGAUAUCUAUACCUUAGACAGGCCCUUAGUGGCAAUUUGUGAAUUGAACACAAUAUCGAUUCUUGCCGUGCACAGCGGAGCGUUCCGUCAUUCCUUGAACCACAACGCGCAGAAGGUGGUAGCGUCUCGGAACGCGCUUCUGGCCGCCUGUCCCAUGCAGAUUUCUGUUUUCGGAGCUCAUGAUUUCAGUUUGCUCUUCGUCUUACCUACUGCCGGACAGGUGCCCGUAGCGAUAAGCUGCAGAUGGAUCGCCUACGCAGAAAAAACCUUGUCGACGUCUUAUGCAACGCCGGGUGGCUUGUUGAGUGAUGAUCCGACAUCGGUCACCGUUACGGUUAUGCAGGCAGCCAAAAGUAUCAAAACCGGUCUCACCAGAUUGGGCGAAACAGUGACUGGCAGCUGUUCCCCUCCUCGCAGAAAUCCCGCGACUUUCAGUCAAGGCAUCGUCAGUGUAGUUGACGUUCUAGCAACGGACACCGAUAGGAAAUUGUUACAUUUCCAGGCUCAUCGUGAUACGAUAGCGGCGAUCUGUUUCGAUCCUGCCGGCAAUUUAUUGCUAACAGCCGACAAGCAGGGCCGUCGCUUCCACGUCUUUCGUCUUCUUCCGCAUCCAGGAGGCUCCGCUCACGCCAAGGUCGACCAUUUGUAUGUGUUGCACCGAGGUGAUACGACCGCAGCCGUCUGGGACAUGGCCUUCUCCCUUGAUUCUCGAUGGGUCUCAGUUUGCACGGCUCGCGGUACAGUGCACGUGUUUCCAGUGGCGCCGUACGGAGGGAAAGCCUCCGUGCGAACACACCUGUCGAAUCGCGUAGUCAACAAACUGAGUAGAUAUCAACGGAGCGCAGGAGUGGAUCAAGACCACGACAUGCCGCAGCUAGUGAAUCCUGUGGCUCAGAUUCGACACAGCCUGGCUAGUGGCGAUUGUGAUGCGGGAUCUCGCAAAGGAGAUGGAAUGCUAUUAUCAAUGGGUUUCUCGUCUGCCAGAGCGUGUUGGCUCAACAACAGCAAAGUGCCGACUCACGCUCCCAAUCAGGACUCGUUAUUCGCCGUUACCACCGCGGGACUAUUGGUCGAGCACAUGCUGGAGCUCCGGCCGCAAGUCCAUGACGGCGCGGGAGCCCGACCGAGUGAUCAUGAGCUUGGCGUAGACGUGUCGGCGAAUCUCGUCGCUCACUGGCAAUUGUUGGCUCCGAACGCCAACGCUAGCAAUGCUGUGAACUCAGCCCAACAGGUUUGCAUGGCGCCGAACAGACGAUCCGCUGAAUGCACCGCCGCUCAGACCGGCUGUUGGAUGAGUCAGGUAGAAAUCGUUACCUACGCAGCCCCUCAUCGAAGGCUCUGGAUGGGACCCCAAUUCUCGUUCCGGCCUGGUCAUCUGAAGCAAGGAAGCUUACUCGUGAUCCAGGAUGCCGCGGUCGAUGGCGGUCUCGUUGAGGUCGAGUCGUCGAACGAACUCAUCGCCGAGCAUAUCGCGGAGGCGAUGAAUGAACAGUCCGCAAUAACAGUGCAUUCAUCGGCGGAUUCACUCUAUCAUUCCCCGAGUCAGAGCUCCGAGCACCUGCUCAUAUUUGACGGCGACCUAGAUUCAUUGUAGAUGCGCCGCCGAAAAAUAUUCUGCCAAAUCAGAGUAUAUGUCUAGAUGACAUGCUUGUUGGAAUUCGGAGUCCCGGUCCCUAUAGAAAUCUCUGAUGUUUCGUAAGGAAAGCGAUCGAAACCCAUAGGUGUCGUCGCAAUUGAGCUGCAUCUGACAUAUGGGAAGUCGCUCGAUUCCGACCUGUAAUCUCGACGUGUCAGAAUCGGAAACAGAGGAACUCACCCUCUGAUGAGUUCCGGUUGUUGUCUCCCCCCGGAAAGGAGUGGGUACCUUGAGGACGUUAGCGAGACUUAUAGGAUCCGAUGAUAAGUUCAUGCGGGAACCCUACGCGUCCCGUGCAUGUAAUCCCAACCCCAUGCUAUGAUUUGUAGAAACGGUGAUAUUUCUUCCUUCUCGAAGUUUCUUUGGCGAAAUCCAGCGACCGCUCUCUGCGUUCCCAUUUGGUAGUCUCUUUUGCCAUCUAUUGUGAAGCUUCUCUUGAAUUUCUGAUUAUAGAGCGUUCCUAGGAGCAUUGUAUAAAUAAUUAAAGUAUUAAGGAAGCGCAAACUUCGCAAAAAAAAGCGAAAAAGAGAUCACUCAGAAACAGCACAAACAAAUAUAAGAUGAAUAAAAGCUACGCAGACAAGGGCGUAUAAAGCUCGAAUCGAAAAUGAAAAAAAUUCGGAUUAUGAUGGAUUAUAGCACCAGAGUUGUGAUAUGAGAGGGAAGUCUCUCCCCGAAAACAAAGAUAAUGUCCCAACGGUUAUCGGAACGAAACUAGUCUUAUUUCCCCAAUGAGCAAUACGCGGGCGGACUUCAAUACCCGUAUGACACCGUUGAGGAACGAUUCGCUGAGGGGAAAAGUCUCCGAUUCAAGCUUCGGCUUUUGACUCAAGCUCGUUCCUUCGAGAACUCGGUGCACAGAACGCGAAAGUAGCGCGGAGAUUUAAUUUUCAAUCGAGAUCAGUUCUAUCUUCUGAAAAAUUCCGGAAAUCGGAUAAAAGGGCUUGUCCUCUUAUAUCGCAACUCCAGUGAUUAUCC